AAAAGAUCUGGCAGAUGCUUUAAAAUAAACAGUCUGUGUUCAAUGUUAAAUUUAAUCCUCUAGCCAUCCUUUGUUAAGGAAUGCCUGCCACACCUCAAACCAAAAUAAGGAGAGAAAGAUCAAGCCGCAUAACUUAACCAGGGUCACAAAAUAUAGCCUUACUGUAUCCAAGAUAGUUUGUGCAAUAAAAAGGAACACAAUUUUCAGCUACACCACAGUCUUCAGCAGCAAAUUACACUUCAAAUUUAGUAUUUCACUAUAACAGCCAUAAGAACAGUGUUUUUUCCUACUGGCAAUAUGGAUUUUUAAACACAAUGUGAAAUUAUAAUUAUUUUGUUAUCUCUAUAGAAUUUGAGAUACAACAAGCAUUGGCUGAAAACUAGGAAAAAAAUUCAGGGUUUUGUAUGCAAACCUGAAUAUGGGGUUUCUAAGUCAACUAUCAAUUAUGCCCCUUCUCUUUGUUGCUAUGGUCUUUUGUCAGCAUGAAGAUUAUGAUUUUGAGGAUGAAUAUGACCCAGAACCAGAUGAAUACCCAUCUCUCUUUCAUAUUAAUCCUAGUGUAGAUUAUGACAUUUCUCACUUUUCUGGUCCACUUAAAUGUGCCAAAGAAUGUUUUUGCCUGCCAGCAUUUCCAUUGUCAAUGUACUGUGAUCAUCGGAAACUUAAGGUGAUACCAGCUAUUCCCAUCCAUGUUCAACAACUCUAUCUUCAGUAUAACAAUAUUGAAGCUGUGAGUUCACAGUCAUUUGCUAAUGUUACUACCUUGAGAGAAAUUAAUCUCAGCCACAACAAAAUUAAUUCUCAUAUGAUUGACUAUGGUGUUUUUGCCAAACUUGGAAACCUAGUUCAGCUUCACUUGCAGCAUAAUGAAUUGGAGGAAUUUCCAUUUCCACUUCCCAACUCUCUAGAGCAACUUCUCCUUGGUUUCAAUAAAAUUUCCAGAUUGCCUGCAAAUGCUUUACAAGGAUUAGUAAAUGUAACUAUGCUUGAUCUCUGCAACAACAAUCUGGAUGACUCUGAAUUUAAAGGAAAACCAUUGUCAAAUAUGAAAAAUCUAAUGCAGAUCAACCUAUGCAACAACAGAUUACAGAACAUGCCUCCUGAUCUACCAUCUUCACUUAUGUACCUUUCACUUGAAAAUAAUUCAAUUUCUUACAUUCCAGAAAACUAUUUCAACAAACUUCCAAAUAUUACUGCUCUAAGACUGUCAAACAAUAACCUUCAAGAAGUCCCAAAUAAAGUUUUUAACCUUUCCAACCUUGUAGAACUCAAUCUUGGACACAACAAACUGAAGCAAACAUUCUACAUUCCUAGAAGUCUGCAACAUUUAUACAUUGAAGACAAUGACAUUGAAAUUGUAAACAUGACUUUGAUGUGUCCUUUUAUUGAUCCAGUGAACAACAAUCAGUUAACCUACAUUCGGAUGGAUCAAAACAAGCUUAGAGCUCCAAUAAGCACAUACGCAUUCUUCUGUUUUCCUCACAUACGUAUUAUUUAUUACGGUGAACAGAAAGGUACCAUCAGCCAAUCAACACAGCUCAGGACUCCAGCGUUCCAAAGAUUUUUAACACCAGACGAGUAUGAGGAAGCGCGCAAUGAGCAUGAAGUAGAAUAUGAGCAUGAAGAAGAUGUUGUAGAAAGAAAAGAGGACUACGUUUACUUACACUGAAGUAAUUCAAUGGUGCAAAGAAAGGACAUAUAGAAGCGUUGUCCUUAGAUUUUUGUGUAUACACAUCUUAUUAUU